UCGACCGCGAUGGAGUGCGGAGUAGGCGGUUCUUACCAAUAGGUUAUCUUUAAAGUAUUUAUUAUUCAAAUAAAUGUCGAUUCAUCAAAGUUAAUUGCAAAAGUUCUCGAUACCGCGACGAACGCAGUUACAACAUGCGACAAUGAAGAUGCUCAACGAAUUAUUCACAGUUUGCUUCGUAUUGCAAUAUUUGUACGGUGUUUGUACGACUCACUUGCUCAUAAAUGUCAAAAAUCAGGGUGGUGAUAUUCUUCUGGAGACAAUUUCAUCCAACGUCACAGAGGAUGUAAUCACUUUGGAAUUUCAAUGCUCCGAUGGCACUUUGGUGACACAGCUCAUCGACUUCAAAAAUGAAGUACAGAUUAUAAAAGCCUUGGUCCUUGGUGAGGAAGAACGCGGUCAAAAUCAGUAUCAGGUCUUGUGCUUCGUGAAUCACUUCUUCAAGGUGGAUUUCAUAUCCUCUGAUGCGAUGUCCAAAUUGAGACAAAAGAACCCAGGCACCAUUCGUGUAGCAGAGGAAGACAAGGGUCAUGUAAACUAUACCAUGGACCUGUUUUUGGAUGUGGCAGAGUCUAAAGAUAUUUCUAAGCACAUUGCAACUCUUUGCGGAGAAGCAGCAGGAUCUGCUUACACCAGGAAUGAGGACAUUAAACAAUGGAUUCAGAGGCCUGGCUCGUCAGAACUUUCGCUUAUGGCGGCUGUGUACAACUUCAGCACAAACUCCGUAACGCAACAAGGUACAAACGAUUCUAGAUCAUUAUUCGUGACAAGGUGCUCGGACACGUCUAACAUGUGGGCACCUUGCACGUGUUCGUUAGAGUUAUGCAUCGGGUGGUACCCGUGCGGUUUGAAAUUCUGUAAGAGCAAAAGCGACGGUAAAAAAGUAGCCGCUCCGUAUAAAUGUGGUAUUAAGACUUGUAAAAAGUGUUUUAUAUUCUCAUACUACUCUAAAAUGAAACAGAAUUGUUUAUGGGAUGAAUGACACAUAAGAACACUGUAGGUAUAUAGAUUCUAGUGUAAUAAGAUGGGUAAGGUUGUUCAAACUAUAAAAAGGUUUACUGUAAGCAGGAUA